AUCCCUUUCAUCAAUUAGCCCUAAAAAUCCCAAUUCAUCUCUGACCUUUUCCCCCAAAUUUGAAGUUAGAAUCACGAUUCAAUUUGAAGUAAAAAAAAGAAGAAUGAGUAACAUUCCAAAAGAAGCCAUUGAAGUGAUAGCACAGAGCAUUGGAAUUACCAAUUUGUCCCCAGAUGUCGCCCUUUCUUUGGCUCCUGAUGUUGAAUAUCGCGUUCAAGAAAUCAUGCAGGAGGCAAUUAAAUGCAUGCGCCACUCACGGCGGACGGUUUUGACGGCUGAUGACGUUGACAGUGCUCUUAAUCUGAGAAACGUGGAGCCGAUAUGUGGAUUUGCCUCUCGUGAUGCACUACGAUUCAAGAAAGCCGCUGGGCAUAAGGAUUUGUUCUACAUUGAUGACAAAGAUGUGGAGUUUAAAGAAGUUCUUGAGUCACCUUUACCAAAAGCACCACUUGAUACAUCUGUUACAUCCCACUGGCUUGCGAUUGAAGGCAUUCAACCAGCAAUUCCAGAAAAUGCUUCAAUUGAAGCACCUUCUGAUGGUAAAAAGGCUGAAUACAAAGAAGAUGGGCUUUCCGUUGAUGUCAAAUUACCUGUUAAGCAUGUAUUAUCUAGAGAGCUUCAACUUUACUUUGACAAGAUCGUGGACGUUACCAUGAAUAAAUCAGUCUCAAUUCUCUUUAAACAAGCAUUACUGAGUUUGGCAACCGACUCGGGAUUACAUCCUUUAGUUCCUUAUUUUACAUAUUUCAUUGCGGAUGAGGUUGCACGGAAUUUGAAUAAUUUCCCUCUCAUGUUUGCUUUGAUGCGUGUUGCCCGGAGUCUUCUCCAGAAUGAACACUUACACAUAGAACCUUAUUUACACCAGUUGAUGCCAUCUAUUAUUACCUGCCUCGUUGCAAAAAGGUUAGGAAAUAAAUUCACCGACAAUCAUUGGGAACUUAGAAACUUCGCAGCAAAGCUAGUGGCAUCAAUAUGCAAAAGAUUUGGGCAUGUUUAUCACAAUCUUCAGCCACGUGUGACAAGGACACUGCUCCACGCUUUUUUGGACCCAACGAAAACAUUUCCCCAGCAUUACGGAGCAAUUCAAGGGUUAGCAGCCCUUGGACCCAGUGUGGUUCGUUUACUUAUACUACCAAAUCUUGAAGCGUAUUUGCAGCUUCUUGAACCUGAAAUAAAAAGACACGAGGCCUGGUGUGUUUAUGGGGCCCUGCUGCGUGCAGCUGGACUGUGCAUGUAUGAUCGGCUUAAAAUGUUCCCCAGUUUGCUAGCACCCCCAACUCGUCCCGUCUGGAAAAGCAACAACAAAGUUGCGACAAAUAAACGAAAAGCAAGCACGGACACCUUGAUGCAGCAGCAACCACCUGCGAAGAAAAUAGCAACUGAGAGUGCAAUAGGUAUGAUGCCAAUAAAUUCCAUGCAAACUGAUUUACAAGGGGCAGUUAGCGGCUUUUCUACCACCGUAGGAGGUUCCAAUAUCGGUGUAUCAUCAAUGUCACGGCCGUUAUCAAACGAUAACAUGCUAGGAAGGGAGGUUGGGGGUCGAGUUUCAAAGACAUCAACCGUUCUAGCUCAGGCUUGGAAGGAAGACACAGACCCGGGGAACUUGUUAGCAUCAUUAUUUGAACUUUUUGGUGAAAGUAUGUUAUCAUUUACUCCCAAACCUGAGCUUUCAUUCUUCCUUUGAUUAAAUUUCACCUCCAAAAGCUAUGGUUUUUGAAGGAAUUUGUGUAAAUUAUCCCCAUAGUUUUUUUCAGUCUUACUGUGUUUAUCUUUAUAAGGCUUCUUUUUUUCCUUGCUCAUAAAUGUAUUGUAGUUAUCAAAAAUAUAUUCUACUUUGGAUUUUAUUGAUAUUAAAUUUUGGGUUAAAUUCUA